UGUGUGACUUUUGAAGUAUAUGAGAUUGAGAGAGAGAGAGAGAGCGAGACUCCCAUAUUUUGCAAGCUGUAAUUGGAUGUGAGCUUUUUUGGACACAUCGUUCUCGUAUAAGUGUUCUCCGAAUGUCACCGUGAUUUAAGAGACAACAACCUUGGCUCUCCUCUGAGCUCUCUGUUUCCUCUAUCUCCACUUGUCUGUCUGUCUGUCUUUUUUUUUUUUUUUUGGUUGUUCUGUGUGUUGUUUUGUGUUUUUGUAUAUAUUUUUUAUACUAGUCUCAUCGCACGUACUAAGCUCGGAGUUUCGAGUUUUUGGUGUUUUUAAAGGUCUCAUUGUGUGAGAUCAGACCUUAAAGAGAGAAAGGAAAGAAAAAAGAAUGGCACCGUCGUUUCAAUGGUGGGCGAAAGAGAGCCACCGUGGCACGCCGGUGGUGGUGAAGAUGGAGAAUCCGAAUUGGUCAAUGGUGGAGCUGGAGGGUCCGACGGAGGACGAUUUUCUCAUUACAACCGACACGCCCGGGUCGGGUCGUACCAGAGACAAAGGCCACCGAGGACGCAAAAACGCCAAGCAGCUCACUUGGGUCCUAAUGCUCAAAGCCCACCGUGCCGCCGGUUGCUUGACCUCCAUCGCCUCCGCAAUGUUCGGCCUCGCCGCCUUGAUCCGCCGCCGUCUCGCCUCGGGCCGAACCGACUCCGACGAAGUCGAAAACGAGAACGAGCACGAGCACGAGAACGACGACGCUUCGGUGGUGGAGGGAAUGGGGAGGGAGAAAGAGAACCCGGCGGUGAAAACCAGGUUCUACUUCUGUAUCAAAAUGUUCUUGUGGGUGUCUCUGAUUUUACUCGGGUUCGAAAUAGCGGCUUACUUCAAAGGCUGGCAUUUCGGGGCUCCGAAAUUGCUUCAGUUCCAGUUGCAGUCUUUGUGGGCAACGCCAUUGGGUGUUAAGGGCGUGUUUGAUUGGAUUUAUUCUCGGUGGGUUUUGAUUCGUGUGGAAUAUCUCGCGCCCCCUCUUCAAUUUCUCGCCAAUGCUUGUAUUGUGCUCUUCUUAAUCCAAAGCAUUGAUAGGCUAGUUCUAUGUUUGGGUUGUUUUUGGAUCCGAUUCAAGAAGAUCCAACCCGUUUUGAAAGAAGACAACCUCGGAGAUCUCGAAUCCGGUGAGAAAGGUGGUUACUUUCCCAUGGUACUUGUUCAGAUCCCCAUGUGCAAUGAAAAAGAGGUUUAUCAGCAAUCAAUUGCCGCAGUGUGUAAUUUAGAGUGGCCGAAAUCAAAGAUUUUGAUUCAGGUUCUUGAUGAUUCGGAUGACCCAACAACGCAAUCGUUGAUCAAAGAGGAAGUGCGUAAAUGGCAGCAAGAGGGUGCCAACAUUGUGUACAGGCAUCGUGUGAUUAGAGAUGGCUACAAGGCUGGUAAUCUUAAGUCAGCUAUGAAUUGUAGCUAUGUCAAAGACUAUGAAUUUGUUGCUAUGUUCGAUGCCGAUUUUCAGCCCAACCCUGAUUUCUUGAAACGAACUGUUCCUCAUUUUAAGGGUAAUGAGGAAUUAGGAUUGGUUCAGGCAAGGUGGUCUUUUGUGAACAAGGAUGAAAACCUGUUAACAAGGUUGCAAAACAUUAAUUUGGCAUUCCAUUUUGAAGUAGAGCAGCAAGUAAAUGGUGUUUUCAUUAAUUUCUUCGGGUUUAAUGGGACGGCCGGUGUGUGGAGAAUAAAGACCUUGGAGGAUGCUGGUGGGUGGUUAGAGAGGACCACUGUGGAGGACAUGGACAUUGCUGUCCGUGCUCAUCUUAAAGGAUGGAAAUUCAUUUUCCUCAAUGAUGUCGAGUGCCAGUGUGAAUUACCGGAGUCUUAUGAAGCUUACAGGAAACAACAACAUAGAUGGCAUUCUGGACCUAUGCAGUUGUUUAGACUUUGUUUGCCUGAUAUUAUCAGAGCCAAGAUAAGUUUUUGGAAGAAAUUCAACAUGAUCUUUCUCUUCUUUCUCCUUAGAAAGUUGAUACUGCCAUUCUAUUCAUUUACCCUUUUCUGCAUAAUUCUCCCCAUGACAAUGUUCAUACCGGAAGCCCAACUCCCUGCAUGGGUUGUAUGUUAUAUCCCGGCUACCAUGUCUUUUCUUAAUAUCCUUCCAGCCCCAAAAUCUUUCCCCUUUAUAGUUCCUUAUCUUCUUUUUGAGAACACCAUGUCAGUGACCAAAUUCAAUGCCAUGAUUUCGGGCCUAUUCCAGCUUGGAAGUGCUUAUGAGUGGGUUGUUACUAAGAAAUCUGGGCGUUCGUCUGAGGGUGAUCUUGUCUCCUUGGUUGAGAAGGAGCAGCAGCAGCCAAAACCUCAUAGGGGGGUCUCAGAAUCCAAUCUUGAGGAAAUGAAGGAGGAAAUUCGACAACAAGAGCAAAAGUCUUCUCAGAAGAAGAAGAAGAAGCAUAACCGAAUAUAUACAAAGGAGCUAGCAUUGGCUUUCCUUCUUCUAACGGCUUCAGCAAGGAGUCUCCUUUCAGCUCAGGGAAUCCAUUUCUACUUCCUGCUGUUUCAGGGGGUAUCAUUUCUGCUGGUUGGUUUAGAUUUGAUUGGUGAACAAGUUGAGUGAACAGAAUACAGUAGGACUUCGACGGGACAUAUGGAGAUAUAAAUACUAGCAACAUGGGUGGCCACGAUAUCUGAGUAUCACAGAAACAGCUUAUGGGAAAAUUGUAGAGGGCUGAGAGUGCUUACUUUCUUGCUUGUCCUCCACCCUCAGAGAGAGACCCCCAAUCAGUUUCCACCCAAUACAAGAAGAAAUUGUGUUAUAUGAACAGAAGAAUUGACUUGCAUUUUGAAGAGAGUGACAUUAGGAAAUGCUGAAGCUCUUCAAUAUAUGUAAGGUUUUCAUUUUCUACUUUUGUAACUUUCUUUUAUUUUGAUUCUUUUGUUUUUGGGUCGAUUCUUUUGUAUGAAAAUUUGUUGUUCAAAGAUCAAACAGGUUAUUUAGUUACAGUUCUAAGUCAGAAUAGCAGCACUCCUCUCGGUGCCUUUUUUUUC